AUGGUAAAUUAUUUUCAUUUCUACUUCUGCAUAGUUGACCUGAUGGAGAAGAGCCAGGGAAAGGAAGACCAGCAUUGGUGGAAAGUUGAUUUUGUCAACAACAAAACACCGACUAAAGAGAGAAAUAGUGUAUUAGGAAAAACAUUUUCUCUGGAUACAAACUCUAUUUUAUCAAGAAAAAUACCUGGUAAAUAUGACUCAUAUGGAAUGAAUUUGGAUUCUCUUUCAGAAUUAAUCAUUAGUAAUAGACACUCCUUUGUAAGGCAGCUUGAUGAAUUUAAUACACAUGGGAAAUUACUCCUCUGUACAAAACACAGUCAUUCUAGAGAGAAAUCUUCAGAAUGUGAUAGAACUGGAAAAGCCAUUAGUCAAAAUGAGGACAUAUUUCAGCAUCAAGAUACUCAAACUCUGAAGCUUUCUUCUGAAUAUAAUGAAUGUGGGAAAGCCUUCAAUGAGGGGGCAACUUUCAUUACUCAUAAGAGAGCAAGCUCAUGGGAGAAGCCCUAUGGAUGUAAUGAACAUGUCAAAGCCUUUUCUGAUAGACCAACAUUCACUGUUCAUCAGGGAACUCAUACAAGGGAGAAUCACUAUGAAUUGAAUGACUGUGAGGGGUGGUCUGUUGGUGAGAAGUCAACUUUAAAUAAGCACUAUGGAGUUAUCAUGGGGAAGAGAUACUAUGAGUAUAUUGAAAGUGAAUAGUUUCAGAAAGAAGUCACUCCUUCAGCGAAUUUAUAAAGGAGAGAAAACCUUUAACUGUUAUGAAGAUUGGGAAGUAUUCUGCAAGAACCCAAAUUUCAUUCAGCAUCAAGAAACACAUAUAAGGAAAGAAGUCUAUAAAAUUAAUCAGUGUGCUACUGCAUUUUACAAGAAGCCAAAGCUUCCUACAUAUCAGACAACAGCUGUAAGAGAAAAACUCUGAAUGU